CCGGACCAGCAGCAGCAGCGGCAGCAGCGGCAGCAGCAGCAGCAAUGUAAAGAUGGAGUAGAAAAUUAUGUGCCUCGGCUGUCAUCGUCAACAUGUUCCCGGGUGUUUUCUAUGCACUGCUGGCGGGGUUCCUCGGGGCCGUGGCGUCGUCGUCGGCCAAGCUGUCCCUCGGAGCCGACUACCUGAAGGGAGUCUGUGAAACCGGACUCCGGACGUGGGGAGAGCAGCGGAAAUUUAGACAAGCGGACGAAACCACCACCUGUGACCGGCUCCAUAUCCCUCUGAGGCUGCUGUGUGGCGGACUCCUUUUCACCUGCAACGCUGUGAUGUGGACCUUCCUUGCCAAAGCACUCAGGUAUUCCUCUUCCUCCACCCGAACCACUGUGACCACCACCGCCUCCAACUUCAUAUCUUCUGCUUUCCUAGGCCAGCUGAUCUUUGGUGAAGCCCAGAUUACGUUGUGGUGGGUUGGGAUCUCUCUGACCUUCUCCGGUCUGUUGGUACUGCAGAGGGUCUCCCCGCAGGACGGACAACAGGGGGCAGUCGCCAAGAAGGAUGAAUAAUAUGUCUGGUCUCCACUAGCUCAGCUCAGCCCGGCUCCAGCUGGCUGUGGUAUGUGGUGUUUUUAGGUUAGCAACUCCUCUGAUCUUAACAUCUAGCCAAAGUUUAGUGAAAUCUGAAAACAGCGGUUGUGUUUAGUGUUUUUUAUUUAUUUAUUUAUUUUUCAUCGAGUCCGUGUACUAAACAUUUACUUAUCGUAACAAUAACUUUGUGCUCUUCAGUGAAGGAAGAUGAGCAAUUUGUUGUUAACCUUCCAAUCACAUAUUUUCUUAGAUUAUUAAUCCCCCUUUUGAACUAUUUAACUAAAUGCCACUCAUUCUGUGUCCUUAUUUUGAAUCGGUGACUGCCCUUCGGUUUGUGGCCACGCCGGCUGUGAAGGCCUGCUGGGUCAGCUGUGGUGCAGCCUUGUUUAGUCCUGUUCUAAAAUCAGAGGAGAUGUUGGCUCUCAGCCAGUCUGGCCAUGGCGGAGUUACGGUCAGGCUGGUGGAGACAAGGUAAUGGACGCCUGCGUCCCGUUUACCCAGAGGCUCUAAAAUCAUCUUUAUCCAUCGGCUUACAAUGGAGCAAAAAUGAUACUAGGUUUUCGUUACGUUUUGGAAACCGUUUAGUCAACAACAGGACAAAAACUCAUGAACUAACAUAGCAGAUGUGAAGGGAAGCAAAGAGACUAAAAGAAAUAGUUCAGUAUUUUGAGAAGUACGCAUAUUCGCUUUCUUGCUGAGAGUUAGAUGAGAAGAUUGAUACCACUGUCAUGUCUGUAUGCUAAAUAUGCAACUACGGCCAAGAGAAAGUUAGCCUAAGGUGCUUUUGAAUCAAAAGUUCCAGGAACUUUAAUUUUUGAGGGACGAAUGUCCAGAAACUUUCCCAGGGUGUAAAAGUUCCUCCAGUGCAUUGGGAUUUGCUCUGUCAAUUUUUCCGUGUGUCAAGUAUUUAACACACAGAAAACCUGGGGAAAGGUAGAAUUAAUCCAUCAUAGGAGAAAAUGUAAGGCUGCAACCAACAAUUAUUUUCAACAUCAAUACAUCUGGCAAAUAGUUUCUUUAGUAAUCAAUUGAUUGUUCAGUGUAUAAAAUGUUAGAAAAUAGUGAAAAACAACAUAUUAACAUAUUCAAAUUACUUGUUUUGUUUGAC